AGAGAGUUUUCCAGAAUGCCACAUAGUCAGUAAACUAUAUUUUCAGUACUUUGAGAGAUGGAAUUUGGGAUGUGAAAAUGAUUCUUGUUUGUUGUAAAAUACAUGAAGCAUUUUUAUAAGUUUUUAUAGAGUUAAACAUACUGAAGUAUUUGUUUUUCCUAGCAUGCAAUGAUGCUGCCUGUUUUGACCCAUCAUAUCCGCUACCACCAAUGCCUAAUGCAUUUGGACAAGUUGAUAGGAUAUACUUUCCAAGAUCGUUGUCUGUUACAGCUGGCCAUGACUCAUCCAAGUCAUCAUUUAAAUUUUGGAAUGAAUCCUGAUCAUGCCAGGAAUUCUUUAUCCAACUGUGGAAUUCGGCAGCCCAAAUAUGGAGACAGAAAAGUUCAUCACAUGCACAUGAGGAAAAAAGGAAUUAACACCUUAAUAAAUAUUAUGUCACGCCUUGGCCAAGAUGACCCAACUCCCUCAAGGAUUAAUCACAACGAACGGUUGGAGUUCCUGGGUGAUGCUGUUGUUGAAUUUCUGACCAGUGUCCAUUUGUACUAUUUGUUUCCUAGUCUGGAAGAAGGAGGAUUAGCAACCUAUCGGACUGCCAUUGUUCAGAAUCAGCACCUUGCCAUGCUAGCAAAGAAACUUGAACUGGAUAGAUUUAUGUUGUAUGCUCAUGGGCCUGACCUUUGUAGAGAAUCGGACCUUCGCCACGCAAUGGCUAAUUGUUUUGAAGCAUUAAUAGGAGCUGUUUACUUGGAGGGAAGCCUGGAGGAAGCCAAGCAGUUAUUUGGACGCUUACUCUUUAAUGAUCCGGUAUUUAUCUUGAAUCAUUUGAUUUUUCAGUUAUAUGUCAUUACAGAAGAUUUUCUUUCAGUCGGUUCUUUGUAAUUUGAAGAGAAUGUGGGGAAAACAAAAUACCCAAGUCUGUCAUAGAUGGUACAUUUCAAGUUCAUCAAAAAUAGCUUAUUCAACUUGUGCAGAUGGGUAAGUUCUGUGGACAUUUACACUAGGCGUUUUUCUUUCACCUGAGUCCCAUCUUUCCUUAUGGUCCUUGUAAAUUAAAUAUGACCACAGAUGUAAUAGGAUUUUGCUUCAUUUUGAUAUAUCUUGAAGU